AUGGGUGCAAGUGAAACAAAAGAACAACCACGUAACAUAACCAUCGACAACCCACUUCUUAUGACUGAAGCUGCACUACAACAACUUCAAUCAUCUGUUGGUAAAAGUGUUCCACAAGCUGUAACUCCUCGUACAUCAGGUACUGAUUCAUCAACAAAUAAUUUGCCAUUACCAACUAUUGAUACAACAGCAUCAGUUGAAACAUGGCGUGCACUUGCAUCAUCAGUUAAUGAUGCUGAAUUGCAACGUUUAAGACAAGAAUAUAAACAAAAACUACUUGACCAAGAUCAACAUAAUCGCGAAAAAUUAAAUUUAACUAAAGAAAAUUUAGCUGCAGAAAUAGAAAAAGUUGAAAAAAAAUUUUCCAAAUAUAUUUAUUCACCCAUAUGUGAAAUAGAACGUUCAGACAUUGAACAAUGUUAUUUAGCUAAUCCAAAACAAGUUUUAAAAUGUUCAUUAUUAGCUGAAAAAUUUAUUAAAUGUGUUGAACAACAUCGUGAACAAUCAUUACGUAUACCUCAAACACAAAUUAUUUCAUCGAACAAUACAGAAGUUCCUGAACAACAUGCAUAUGUUGAUCCACUUUCAGCUAAAACAUCUCCAACUGCUGAUUCGAAUUAA